CCUGUGAAUUGGACUGCCGGUUUCACUCUAUGUAGCAUUAUAAUUCGGCGAAUAAAGACUCAAAUUGUAAAUUUUAAAAUGUCGUUUUAAUAAAUUAUUCAUUUUAUACUUAAAAUUCCCAGUUUUUUUUUUUGCAACAUUUUCGAAAUGAAAUUUUUUGAUGAUGAUUACGAUUGGGAUUAUUCCUCGAAAAACUUAUAUGAAGAAGCAUUUGUAUCAUUGUCAUCAGCACCAACAAUUUCAAUACUGUCAUCAACAAAUGUAACUAGCUACCCUGCUGGUUACGUACCAUAUGUUAACAAAAAAAUUGAAAAAUAUUUUACAGAAAAAACAAGACAUUCAUUAACGAAACUUCUCGGGCUAAAUAAAGUUCAAAAUCAUUGUGAAUCAGUUGAAACAAUAAUAACGCUUAAAGAUACAGAGCCAAGUCCAUCAAUAUCAUCUGUAAAUAGUUCAAGUUUAUGUAUAACAGGAAUAACAAUAAGUGAUUCACAAUUAAAACUUAAUGAGAUACACAACAGCUGUAAAAUUCCUGAAGAUCCAGGUCUUGUUCCAGGAUUUUGGGUUUUGUUUCCAAGAUCACCAACAUAUAAAAAUGAUACAUUUAAAAAAAUUAUUGAUACAAUCGAUGGUAUGAAACUACCAAGAAGUCAUGAAGUCGAUGAUAUGUUAAUCUCGGAUAGAGCUAUUUUCCAACGCUGUGAUCUUGUUACUGUUUUCUGUGAUGCAUUCAUCUACAAUGAAUCAGUUGAUAAAUUGAACUUUGAGGAUAAUUAUUUAAACGUUGAUGCAUGCUGUUACUUAAACAGUCUUCUGGAGAAAAAUGCUAUAAUAUUAUCAUUAAACUUGGAAGGCUGCAAGAUUGGAAUGGCAGGAGCUGAAAGGCUUAAAAAAGGUAUUGGAUUUGCUCGCUCGUUGGAGCAUCUUGAUUUGAGUGGCUGUGAACUUGGCAGUGUUGGCUUAAAACACAUUGUCGCUGGUGUUUGUCUGAGCAAUACUUUGAAAACUCUGAAUUUAUCUAACAAUAAACUUGGAGAAACUAGUGCUGAAGAGCUCACUAGGCUACUUUCAAAAAACUUUUCUAUCAAAAAAUUAGUUUUAGCGAGAAAUUUGUUGUUCAGCCAAAAGUUUUGGGAAGUAUUCAUUAACGGAUUGGUGCGGAGUAAAAGUUUAUCUAAGCUAGAUAUGUCAUGUAAUUACUUGGAAGAUGAUUGUGCUACAUUUUUAGCUAAAUUUAUUGAUACAUCUACACAAAUACUCAACUUGAAUCUUGCUGGAAAUUUACUUAAAAAAACAGGUGCAGAAAGAAUCGCCAAAUCUUUAGAAAAUAGUUUGGCUCUUCGAAUUUUAUGUUUACAAAAUAAUCCAAUUGGUGCUGCAGGAGCAUUAAAAAUUGUUAGUGCAUUGUUACCUGAAAACUCACCGUCGCUUAAACUUGAAUUUAUUAAUCUUGACACUGUGUCACCGACCAGAGUGAUAAUACCAGUUUUAAAUAAAAUAAAAGAAAGCAGACCAUGGUUGAUAAUAAAACUGGGGAAAAUAUUAGGUGAUUACAACUCAAUUUUUCCAGAUAAAAGAAGAAUAUUUUUAAAGAGAGCUAAUAUUGAAGCGUUGAGUUCGAAAAAAAAAAAGUUAAAAGCGGACUUUGGACAAUUUGUAAUACAACUUGAAGAGAUUUUCGUUGCUUGUGCUACUUUUCGAGAAUCUAUCGAUAGGUAUAAAUUGAAAUUGAGUGAUUCGUUGGUGGAUGAAAUAAUCAAUGCAUUUAUUAUUGACAAAGAUUUUGUUGAUCAGAAGGCUUUGAAGUUAUGUUACUUGAAGGAAUUUCCAGAUACAAAAUUGAUAUUACCAAUUGAAGAAAAAAAAAAAAGGAAAUCGAUUACAUUUCCUAAAUAA